AUGGAGGGAAAUGACAGUGACUCUGCUGGAGAUCUACUGCCCUCCCCAGUUGAAGAACAAAGGGAGGACUACAUUUAUGAAGUUGUGGUCCAGAGCAACUCCACCAACCCCAGCUCCCAGUUUGCAGACGUGGCAUUGCUGCAGACCUUCAAGCCCCUCAUCAUCCCCUGCUAUGUACUUGUGGUGGUGGUGGGGGUCUUUGGGAACUACAUGCUCUUCUACAUCAUCUGCCGAGCCCGCAAGAUGCACAAUGUUACCAACUUUUUCAUCGGCAACCUGGCCUUCUCUGACAUGCUAAUGUGUGUUACCUGUGUUCCCUUCACUCUUGCCUACGCCUUCAACCCUCAUGGAUGGGUUUUUGGCCGCUUUAUGUGCUAUGUCGUGUUCCUCAUCCAGCCCGUCACAGUCUAUGUUUCAGUGUUCACUCUCACAGCUAUUGCUGUGGACAGAUAUUAUGCCACAGUGUAUCCCCUGAAGAAGCGUACCUCUGUGGCUACCUGCGCCAUUGUCCUGACUGGAAUCUGGCUGCUGUCCUGUGGGCUGGUAGCUCCGGCUGUGGCCCACACCUACCAUGUAGAGUUCAAAGAGGAGGGCUUCACCAUCUGUGAGGAGUUCUGGCUGGGUCAGGAGAAAGAAAGGCAAGCCUAUGCCUACAGCACCCUGCUGGUCACAUAUGUCCUGCCACUGUCAGCUGUCUGUGUGUCCUAUCUCUGUAUUUCUGUCAAACUGAGGAACAGUGUUGCCCCGGGCCACAGGACCCAAGAUCAGGCUGACGCCCAGCAGGCUCGUAAGAGAAAGAUCUUUCGCUUGGUUGCACUUCUGGUGGCUGUCUUUGCAGUGUGCUGGCUUCCUAUUCAUGUGUUCAAUGUACUGCGAGACAUAGACAUUCGCCUCAUCAACAAGCGCCAUUUCUUACUUAUUCAGCUGCUGUGCCACCUGUGUGCCAUGAGCUCCUCCUGCUGUAACCCCUUCCUCUACGCAUGGUUACAUGACCGCUUCCGCACCGAGUUGAAGAAGAUGUUCACUUACCAUCAUCGCGUUGGAAUUCCUGUCAACCACUGUGCUGCUAGUGUAGUUUUGUAA